CUCUUUGACUAAUUCAAGAUUGUUAACGUUUUCACUUACAUCAUCCCAUCAAAAUUCAAAUCAGACUCUUUCUUUAAUAAUUUAUUAUAAGUGUCCUGACGCCUCGACAAGUUCUGCAAAACCAAUCCUGCCACGACUUACAGAAAAUCAAAUUAAAACCAAAGCAAAGGGGAUAGUAUUCGGCCGGUCAAGGAAUCUGAAAAUCAAAUUGAAUUCAGACCUUUGCACCCACCUUCCCAAUACAUUUCUCCCCCUUUGGCCUUUGGUCUAUAUAAGAACCGACCCAGUCAAGCAUAUCCUUAUCCCAUACACAAAAAAAAAACAGCGUGCUAACUGCGUGCAUGAUUUCAAGCAAAAUGGAUCGAACACCCCAUGUAGCACUUCUACCUAGCCCAGCGAUGGGCCACCUAAUCCCACUUGUGGAAUUCGCCAAGCAACUUGUCCACCACCACCACAUCUCCUCCACCCUCAUCAUCCCCACCACCGGACCGCCGCCACAAACCCAAAUCUCCGUCCUCGAAUCCCUCCCCGAAAACAUCAACCACAUCUUCCUUCCACCAGUUGACUUGCCUGAAAACCUCCCAAAUGCCGAAUCCCAAAUGUUCAUCACCAUGUCCCUUUCUCUCCCCUCCCUCCGUGACACUUUAAAAUUGUUAACCUCCACGAAUCGGCUUGUGGCCCUUUUCGUUGAUCCAUUCGGAAUCGACGCCUUUGAUGUGGCCGAGGAAAUUGGUGUUGCUCCGCACAUGUUUUUCCCUUCCCCGGCCAUGGCACUUUUGUUUUGCCUUCACUUGCCAAAGCUUGACAAAAUGUUUACGUGCGAGUAUAGAGACUUGCCCGAACCCUUGAAAUUACCCGGUUGUGUACCGGUUCAUGGUAGGGAUUUCCCAGACCCAAUUCAAGACCGGUCUCACGUCGCGUACAAGAAGCUACUUGAAAUGAUGUCGCGGAUCACUUCAUCCGAGGGCAUAAUUGUCAAUAGCUUCUUGGACUUGGAAGAGGGAGCCAUAAAAGCUUUACAAGUGGAAGAACCAGGUAAGCCGCCAGUUUACCCGAUUGGACCACUUAUACAAACAGGUUCGAGUGACGGGUCAGAUCGGCCCGAGUGUUUGAAAUGGUUGGAUGAUCAACCCAGUAAGUCUGUUCUGUUUGUCUCAUUUGGAAGUGGUGGAACCCUCUCUCAUGAUCAGAUGAAUGAGCUAGCCUUAGGGUUGGAAAUGAGUGGGCAAAAGUUUUUGUGGGUUGCGAGAAGCCCAAGUGACAAGUCCGACGCAGCCUUUUUCGAUGCCCAAAGCCAAACUGACCCUUGGGGUUUCUUGCCAAAAGGGUUCUUGGAGAGGACCGAAAGGCAAGGCUUAGUGGUGUCGUCAUGGGCCCCGCAAAUUGAGGUGCUCCGCCAUGGUUCCACGGGCGGAUUUUUAACUCAUUGCGGUUGGAAUUCAACGCUUGAGAGUGUUGUUUAUGGCGUGCCUCUGAUCGCCUGGCCACUAUACGCGGAACAGAAGAUGAAUGCUGUGAUGUUAAAUGACGACUUGAAUGUGGCACUCAGACCUAAGGCGAAUGAAAUUGGAAAAGUGGAAAGAGAAGAGAUUGCAAGAGUUGUGAAAGAACUCAUGGAAGGAGAAGAAGGGAAAAAGGUUCAUGAAAAAAUGAAGGGCUUACAGGAUGCUGCUGGAAAGGUACUAAAUAAAGAUGGAUCAUCUGCAAACUCAUUGUCUAAACUAGCAUUCAGAUGGAAAAACUAGAAGAAUAUUUAUCGUUUGGUUUGUGGGAUUUUCUUGUAAUCGUUCUCGGUUUUUGAUGUACCAUUUGUCAAGAUUUCUGAAUAAAAUUUUUGCUUGUCAAGAAAAAGAAAAAAUUCGUUCUAAGUUCUUUCCAUGUAAUUUCGUGAUGUCUAUUUUCUUUGUAUUCUUUUUUCAGUUGAUGUUCAUGAGUCAGUUUGUAAUUUCCUUGUUUCUUUUGUCAUUAUUUAAAGAAUAUAAUAUAUCCCCACUUAUUGUUUCG